AUGCCUCAAAUUUGGACCCCCGAUCAUGUCACCAAGCUUCUUCUGUGCAUUAUCGCACAAUCAAAUAGUACGGCGACGAACUGGCAGGCCGUUGCGGAUGCUAUGGGCGGUUACAGUCCCAGUGCUGUUAGCCAGAAGUUCAUGAAAGUUAAGCGAGCCAAUACGAAGCUCAUGAACCAGGCUACGGGAACGGCCUCCCCUGUGACCUCGUCGGCGAACGGGAGUGCGCACAAGCGCUCUCGUCCCGGACUCGCCAAUGGGAGCGGAAAAUCUGCGAACUUCGAGGAUGAUGAAGAGCGGAUCGACCACGCCAGCUCUUCUUCGGAGAACGAUCAGACCCCGAUCAAACGACCGAAGAUCAAGCACUUUAAGAGUGAAGUCAUCGACAUUGACGUGAGUGACGAGGAAGAGGUUGCGCGAUCCAUGAAGACAGAAGCAUUCGAGGAACCAAACCAUUCCGAUAUUUAA